AUGGAUUACAAUCCGUUUACGCAGUCAUCAAACUUUGUUGGACUACUUAAUAGUCAACAAAGUAUUUCCUUUGGUUCAUCUCAAGUUCCAACUCCAGUCUCUAAGGAUGUUGGUAAGCGUCGGGAACGAAGGAAGUGGACGCCCAGUGAUGAUAUUCUGCUAAUCAGCUCGUGGCUCAACACGAGCAAAGAUCCAAUUGUUGGCAAUGAGCAAAGGUCAGACACAUUCUGGACGAGAAUUGCAGCGUACUAUGCCGCUAGUCAGAAGGUUGCUGGCUGCAAAGAGAGAGAGAGGCUGGUCACUGUAAACAAUGCUGGCAUAGGAUCAAUGACUUGCAAGAGGAAGGGUGAUGACGGUGGAGAAACAUCGAACUCCCAAGGUACUGAACCCAAGCGUCCCGCGGGUGUUAAGGCCUCAAAGGCCUCUGGGAAGAAGAAUAUGGUAGAGGAGAAAGCGCUUAAAGAGUUUGAAAGUAUGUGGGCUAUUAAACAACAUGACUUGGCCGCCAAGGAAAAGUUGUCGAGGAUGAGUCUACUUGACUCUCUGCUUGCAAAAAAAGAGCCUUUAGCCGAGUAUGAAGAAGCCUUAAAGAAGAAGCUCAUCAGUGACAUUAUAAAUGGUUCGAAAUGUUUAUUCUUGUUCUCUGUUUCAAGUCAGGACAGUGUGAAAAGAUGGAGCAAUGGGAGUGGAAUAAUCACGGAGUCUCUGUGGUCUUGCGGUCCUGGCGUCUUGUGUCACCGAGCUUUUAGAGUCACGGAGUGA